GCUGAGUUUUUUUCCGCGUGUCUUUCUCCUAAGGUCCUGAAUCUCUUCCAGUCACUCUCCCUCCGCUUAGGUUUGUCGUCUUCUGAGGCGUCGAGGGGAUACUCCUGAGAGAGGCUCCCUUCGCGCACGCGCGCAACUAUUUGGCGCGGUUAAUGUCGCGCGCCCUGCCUGGCGGGGCCUUAGCCCUCUGGCUUUCUGCCCUCGCGUCACUGAGGCUACUAGACUUGGCCCCUCCCCUUUCCCCGGACACCCCUACCCCCCUCUCCCGCGGAGGCUGGCCUCGCCCGUUACACCGCCUCCGGUCCGCGCCCCGCGCGUUCAACUCUUCCCGGCGCCCCUUUGCUCCCUUCGCGGUCGGGACGCUACGCUCGGGGGCCCGGGCUGAAACCCCACUUCGCUGAGACCCCAGCCUCCGCUCAGCUCCCGCUCGGGACUAUGACCUCUGAGGUGGCGCGGCAUCUGCUCUUUCAGUCUCACAUGCCAACAAAAACAACUUGUCCAUCCUCACAAGUAUCUGAUGAUGAACAGAAACAAAAAAGAGAAAAUAUUCGUUCUUUAACUAUGUCUGGCCAUGUUGGUUUUGAGAGUUUGCCUGAUCAGCUGGUCAAUAGAUCCAUUCAGCAAGGCUUCUGUUUUAAUAUUCUCUGUGUGGGGGAAACUGGAAUUGGAAAAUCAACAUUGAUUGACACACUGUUUAAUACUAAUUUUGAAGACCAUGAAUCCUCACAUUUUUACCCACAUGUUAGACUUAAAGCUCAGACAUAUGAACUCCAUGAAAGUAAUGUUCGAUUGAAAUUGACCAUUGUGAAUACAGUAGGAUUUGGUGACCAAAUAAACAAAGAAGAAAGCUACCAACCAGUAGUUGACUACAUAGAUGCUCAGUUUGAGGCCUAUCUCCAAGAAGAGCUAAAGAUCAAGCGUUCUCUCUUUAAUUACCACGAUUCUCGCAUCCAUGUGUGCCUCUACUUCAUCUCACCUACAGGUCACUCUCUGAAGACACUGGAUCUCUUAACAAUGAAGACCCUUGACAGCAAGGUGAACAUUAUACCAGUGAUUGCCAAAGCAGAUACAAUUUCUAAAGCUGAAUUACAGAAGUUUAAGAUCAAGCUCAUGAGUGAAUUGGUUAGCAAUGGUGUCCAGAUAUACCAAUUCCCAACAGAUGAUGAAACUAUUGCUAAAAUCAAUGCUUCAAUGAAUGGACAUUUGCCAUUUGCUGUUGUAGGAAGUAUGGAUGAGCUAAAAGUUGGAAAUAAGAUGGUCAAAGCUCGCCAAUACCCUUGGGGUGUUGUACAAGUGGAAAAUGAAAACCACUGUGACUUUGUAAAGCUCCGAGAAAUGCUUAUUUGUACAAACAUGGAGGAUCUGCGAGAACAGACCCAUACUAGGCAUUAUGAACUUUACAGGCGUUGCAAACUGGAGGAAAUGGGCUUUACAGAUGUGGGUCCAGAGAAUAAGCCGCUCAGUCUUCAAGAGACCUAUGAAGCCAAAAGACAUGAAUUUUAUGGUGAACGUCAGAGGAAGGAAGAAGAAAUGAAGCAGAUGUUUGUGCAGCGAGUAAAGGAGAAAGAAGCCAUAUUGAAAGAAGCUGAAAGAGAGCUACAGGCUAAAUUUGAGCACCUUAAAAGAGUUCACCAAGAAGAGAGAAUGAAGCUUGAAGAAAAGAGAAGACUCUUGGAAGAAGAAAUAAUCGCUUUCUCAAAAAAGAAAGCUACUUCAGAGAUAUACCAGAACCAGUGCUACAUGGCAUCAGGCAGCAACCUGAAGAAGGACAAAGACCGUAAGAAGGAUCCAGGCUAUCGAUUUGAACUCCUGUGCUUUGAUGUCAGAGCUUGUGAAAUCAAUGGUGGACGUAAAGAUGCAGAGGAAGCUCCAAUUUUAUGUAAAACAAAGGUUCCAGAUCAUAGAAGGUCAUCACAAGCAAAAGUUAUUAAAAUGUUAAAAGUAUGCUCUGAUUUUCUUGCUGUUUUUAUUUUCUGUAUCACUUAUUCUAUAUCUGGCAAAUGGCCACAAAUGGCACUUAAAUGCUUUUAAGUAUAAAGUUAAUAUAUAAGCCACAGUGAAUGAUAUCACUUAUAUAUUCACUGUUGUUAGAGGUUUUGAAGUUGCUGGUUUGUGAUGAAUGUAGAUCAUUUUUCCUGCUGCCUGGUUAUUGUCACUUACAUGCAUUGUACCAUGGAGCGAAGUGUCAUUGACAUUGAAAAUACAGAACUCAUUCAUUGUAUGGCUAUCUGAUUGCAUUUAUAUUCCAAGAGGAACUCCUUUUUUGUACAUACCAAAGGUAAAAUUUGGGAAAUAUGUUUUAAAAUGUAUUAUAUACCUGAAGCUCUAAUCUCUUAAUAGUUUUAUAGAAGUUUUUAAUUUUUGUACCAUUAUCCAAUUGAUAACAUGAUCCUACGCUUUUGUAUGAAAUUAUGUAACAUGAUGGCCUUCUAUGCUUCACUAUACCUUAUUGUGGUUGAAGUAUUGUUGUGAUGGAGCAAGAUAUGUUUGAAAGUAAUAACAUCUAGGUAUAAAUCCCUUUUCUAGUGAUGAGUACCUUUGAAUCUGGGGUGUUGCCACUCUAUUUCAUUAGGAUAUUUUAUGUUUAAAACUGUCUUCCAGGGAAAAAAAUCAUAAGGUUGAAUUGUCUUAUUAAAAAUAUUUCUUAAGAAAAUAUCUGUCAGCAUCUGAAUAUUAAAGAUAUAAAAAUUUAGAUAACUCAUAUAUUGAGAUAUUUGAAUUCAGUGCCUUCAUAGUAUUCUUAGAACAAUUGGAUGCCUUCUAACUUUUUCUUAACAGUCGUAGAUAGGUAUAUAAUCUUUCACUUUUGUACUUGAAUAUCCUAAAUAAAAUAUCCUCUUGACAAAUAAAAUAUAUCUACGUAUUUACUAAAAUUGGUUUAAAAUUACUUUAACUUUUCUUUUUGCAAACUGUCAUCUUAAACAUUUUGUCAAAAUUAGUUCAUUUAAUCAUGUGUUUGAAUUAUUUUAAGACAGAGAUGUAUAUUACCAGUAUUUUUCAGAAAACAAAAUGUUUUACUUAGCCUAUGUCAGAUUCUGAGCAGUGUAUAUUUUCAUGAAAUUGUAUAAGUUGCAAAUAAAACCUUUCAUUUCAUAGCAUAA